AUGGAAGUCCAAUUUCCACACGAUAAAUUAAUCAAGUCUAGGUUGUGGAAAGACUUCCGAUCAAACUUUACUCUUACUUCUAAAUACCUUGAGGAUGUCAAAAAUGGAUUCUAUCCGUUAUUUGGAUGUCGCUGGGACGCAUAUCAAGGAGAAGAAGAGGAAGGGACAUGUGUUGCUUGUGCAGGUGUUUCAGGAUUCCCACUUGUCAGUGGUGUCAGCAGUUGUAUGUCAAAUGGAAGCAGUUCUAUUAGAAAUGAUCCGCUUGCUCCGGUUGGAAUUUGUUCGUCGUGUGCAUCUACUGCUGCGAGUGCUUGCGUUUCCGCCAUUCCAGACGAUCAAAAAGUUAUGCGGUGUGAAGAUGUUUCUAAAGGGUGUAUUUCAUGCAAUGUUGAUGAAUUUCAUCAGGGUUUUGCAGAUUGUCUUUCCAGUCAUUUGUCGAAAAUCGAUUCUGGUCGUUUGACAAAAGCAGUGGAUGACGAUCUGAGGAACGAUGAUGCUUCAACUACUGCUGAUGAAGUAACUGGCUUGAUCUCAAAUCUGAAAGUUGAUGAUGACAACAAUUUCCCAUCAAAAAGUGCGUCUCUGUCAAAAACAACUCGACCUCUAAAAAUGGGACAAUCAGAACUAAAGUGGUCGGAAAAGCCUUUCGUUAUUUCCAUCUCUAAUGAGGAGGGUGGUCAAAAUGAACCAACAGGGUUUGCCAGUCUGUUAAAGGAAUAUCUUAAUCGCUAUGAAGAUGAAACUGUCAUUAUGGAAGUCCAAUUUCCACACGAUAAAUUAAUCAAGUCUAGGUUGUGGAAAGACUUCCGAUCAAACUUUACUCUUACUUCUAAAUACCUUGAGGAUGUCAAAAUGGCUUCAAGCUCAAAAGGCAACUCAAUGAAAUGUAUCAAACCCAAUAAACCAAAGAAAAUAAAAGACGUUAAGUCUAAGCGGCCACCUGGACCGUAUGCUCUAUUUGUUCAAUCAAGAAAAAGUUUAUAUCGUGGUAAAAUAAGUGAAUUUGCCAAAACAUGUGCAAGUGAAUGGCGUAAGCUUUCACAAGUAGAACGUGAUAAAUUUAAGCAAAAUCAGUCAAAUUAG